GCUGGAAGCAACCAUGAGUACUGAACUGAAUAUCCCAGUGGACCCUUCCACCCCUGCAGUCUCUGAGCGGGAGAACAAAGGCAUGGACUACAGAGACUGGGUGAGACGCAGUUACUUGGAGCUAGUCACAUCUAAUCAUCACUCUGUGCAGGCCUUGUCUUGGAGGAAACUCUAUCUCAGCAGAGCCAAGCUUAAAGCCUCCAGCAGAACUUCUGCAUUGCUUUCUGGAUUUGCAAUGGUGGCAAUGGUGGAAGUCCAACUAGAGAUGAAAUAUGACUACCCCCUGGGAUUGCUUGUGGCAUUUAGUGCUUGCACUACUAUACUUGUGGCUGUUCACCUAUUUGCACUUCUGAUCAGCACAUGUAUCCUUCCCAAUGUCGAGGCUGUCAGCAAUAUCCACAACCUGAACUCUGUCAACGAAUCCCCACAUGAUCGCAUGCAUUACUAUAUUGAGCUGGCUUGGGGCUUCUCCACAGCUCUCGGAAUUCUCCUCUUUCUGGCCGAGGUGGUUCUUCUGUGCUGGAUAAAGUUCUUACCCAUUGACUCUCCCCAGGUGCGCAACGAAACAUCUAUCCCGCAGAAGCAAAGUGCAAAUGCAGGAUGGAAUUCUGCACUAGUUUCUACCAUCAUCAUGGUUCCAGUUGGCAUCAUCUUUGUCAUAUUCACCAUUCACUUUUAUCGCACAUUGGUAAGGCACAAAACAGAGCGCCACCAUCUAGAAAUUGAAGAGCUCCACAAAUUGAAAAUCCAGCUUGACGGACAUGACCGGGGCAUAAAUGUGGUGUGAAGAUGGAGGAGCUACAAAGUUAUUUAACAAGUGCCACUG